AUGAAACGAAUCAGCUUCAGGGCCCAAGGGCCAAAGCCGCAAGGUUCUGUCUGUCAAUUAUGUCAGUUCUCUACAGGCUCGCACACCCUUCCCAUUGCCCGAUCGACCCCGACAAGCCGACUUCCGAACAGCAACUCGCCGCUGCAGUCAAGAUACAGCGUGCAAUCAUCGGCGAACCCGACGAUUAUCCUCGCGCGCCGCUAUGCAUCUAAGUCCUCUACACAGGAUUCUGCCAUUCAGCAGGUCGCAGACGAGGCAUCCGCUUUGCAGAAGUCGGACAAAGUGCCCUCCAACGAAGCGGUCGUGGAAGUGCUCGCCAAAUGCCAGAAGAUCGCCGAGGCCUUAGUUUCGCGGGAAAGUGGAAGCACCUCCUCAAAUGACGAAGGCAAUGCGAUCUCAUCGCUCCUGGACAUGGAGGAGAAGAAGAGCACGUCGGCCCGAGCAGAGAAACGAGCCCAUCAAGCAACCAAGACCACGAAACUGGACUCACGACUCGCAGAUUCGCUAUCGCGCAUUGUUAAUGACCUCUUGUUGGACCAGAAGAUAUUCAUCUCCCCCGAAGCACUGGAACACUACACCAAGACCCAGAGCCUUUUGCGACGAGCCGAGCACUUCCCCGAGAUCUUCAACCUGUAUGCCAACAAGCCUGUUCCCGAGGCCAACAGCUCGCCGCCCAAAUAUCUCAAACCGAAUCCCAAGAGCAUCAACAGUGCCGUACCCUCCGAACUAGCAAACAUGGCUCUCGAUAUCGCCAUCGCGCAGAAGAACCUGUCCCUUGUGCUGGCGAUCAUCGACAACACUUUCUGCGCCCCCGCCUUCCACCGCGCAAAGGUCUUCCGUAAGGCCGGUAUUCCCUUGGCCGGUCUUGCAAGUGCCCCGCUUGCCUGCUAUGCUGCUGCCACCUGGGCCGGCGCAGUCCAGAAUACUAUGGACCACAGCACAGCGACUGGAAUUGCCUUUGCCGCGUCCUUGGCUUAUGUUGGUGGUACUUCAUCCAUUGGUAUCUUGGCUAUUACUUCUGCCAAUGACCAGAUGGAACGUGUCACUUGGAUUCCUGGUAUUCCCCUGCGGCACCGGUGGUUGCGGGAAGAGGAGCGUUCUGCUAUGGACAGAGUCGCUGUCGCAUGGGGAUUCAAAGAUCCAUACAUGCGGGGCGAGGAGGUCGGGGAGGAAUGGGAGAGUCUUCGGGAGUUUAUUGGCAUGCGCGGCAUGAUUUUGGACAAGACCGAACUGAUGGCGGGUAUGGAAUAA